AUGUCCCAAUUUUCAAAAAAGAAUAAUCGUAAGAGACCGCGAUCCACUAAGCCCUCUCCAAAUGAAAGUGAAGAAGAGAAUAGUAGUAGUAGUACUAGUACAACAAGUAAUAAUGAUGAUUCUGAUGUACCAACUCACAGUUGCCCAAUGAGCAGCUUUGAAUCUUUAAGUAGCAUGGACCCUGUAGCCGUGGCCAGACUAAUAGCAGACAUUCAAAAGCUAAAAGCUCAUCUCACUUCUGCACACUUUGAGCUAAAAGACCUUAACCGCAAACACUUAAAAUUUAAUAAAACUAUGGGUAAAUAUAGAAAAAAAUUAGACUUUAUUGACAAAGUUGCAUUUGGGUCAGAUGUAUCAGAACCAGAACCAUCUACCAGUACUGCAGGACAAGAGAAAUUGGAAUCAUCAGAAAGUGAAGAAGAUGAAUCUUCAAGUACUUCGGGCAGUGUUACACCACGCGCUAGGCCUCCGUGUACAGUUAAAUUUGAGAAUGAUGAAGAUGACGACGAUGACGAAGAUCUGGACGAUGAUGAUGAUGAUGAAGAAGUCAAUGAGAAUGAGUCAGAUGACGACGAUGAGUCUGAAACAACA